AUGCAACAAGUUUUCGAUUGUCCAAUAUGUUUAUAAACAUUGUUAUAACCAAUUACUUUAACAUGUGGUCAUACAUUUUGUAAACCAUGUGUUCGAAAUAAAUACUUUUAUCAAAAUUACAACUCAUGUCCAGUUUGCAGAGCACCUAUAUAGAUAUACUUAAAUUAGUUUAAAGUGAAUAUUCUUUUAGAGACUCUUAUAAAAUAGGAAUUUAAUAGUGAAUAAAAUUAUUAGUUGAGAGUGUUAAAUUACUAAAAGCGAUUAGAUUUAAGAAAUAGAAGGAAAUGGUAUCACACAAUGAUGUUAAUAAUAUUUGAAUAUUCUAAAUAGAUAUGGAGAAUAAUUUAAAAGAUGUUGCCAUUAUAUUUAAUAGGUAUAUAUAUAAAUGUAAUAGUAAAUAGUUUUGGUGAUAUUGAUGUAUAUGAGUGUGAAAUCUAAUUUAAGGUUUGAGAAAUUGUAAAAAUAAUUUACAAAACGUGUAAAACUUGAAAAAUUAAGUGAAGAAAUAGCUAAAAUGGUAUCAUUAUUGAAGGCUGAUAAUUAAGAUGCAAAAGAUUUGGAUAUAUAAAAUUUAGUAUUUUCCAAAAUAGUAAAAUACUUAUUUACAAAUUGUGUCAGAUUUUGA